AUGGCCGCCGAAGGAUUAGAAAAGAUUACCGAAGUCCCAGUUGAAUUUUUCAAGGAUGGAAGUGCUUUCAUUAAGAAAUGUCAAAAGCCAGACCAAAAGGGUACGUACAUUUGGAUAUUUGUUAGCCAAGGGCAAAAUGAGAUCAAAGAUUUGAGUGACCUUAGAGAAUGUAUUUUAUAUGGAAAUGUUACUAUUCGCAUGUUGUGUGUGAUUAAAGGCAGAGCAUAUAAGAUCAACUCUCUCACUUGUACUUUGGAAUCGUUUCUCUGGCUGGCACUUGGAAUGACUGCAUUGACCUAUAGCCUUGGAUUGCAAUUUUCUUAUUUCUACUUUUCUUUUUCUUUUUAA